AUGGACACUCGGUCAGGGAGAAAACGGAAGAGCUCUCUUUCAACUUCAAGCCAGUCACCAGUAUCGCGCCGGACUAGACAGAGCUUAGCAACAGUGUCAGAAGAUGCCGGUCUCAAUCAACAACAAAAAGUAGUAUCUGUUACACCCAAGAAAUCAAGAAAAAGGGUUCGGUUUUCCGAUCCAGGUCCUCGGUUAUUACACGAUGCAGAUAUUGGGUCUACUGGAUUAACUCCAGCGAUGCGCCGAACAUCGUUCGCCACAGGAUCUGGAGAUUGCACACCUAGCCGCAAAUCCCGACGCCGAUCUGCCCCAACACCGCGUUUCCAGCGGUCGUAUGAUUUAGAGGAACCGUUUGAUGAAACAUCCACCAAGCGCAUAAUUCAAUUCACUCCGCUGCGCCAGAUUCUGGAUACACGGACCCAGAGAAGAAUUAGGCGAAUCGGGUUGAGCGAUGAAAUCAAUCAUAUUGAGCGCGAAAAACGUGAGGCGCGCAACAUGGAAAAGACCAUGCGAGCUUUGCUUCAAGAGCGAGAUUCUCUGAAAGAUGAACUCAGGGCCAUGAAACGGAGCGGAACGGGUUUUGAGGACCAAGAUUCGGUGGCUGAGGCCUAUUGGAUGACACCAGACACACCCAGAUCUUGUGAGGAAGUAUCAGUGGUUUCUAAUCACAGUCGGGAUGGUGCCGCUCCAUUUUCGAAUGGCGAUGGAGAUACGUUCAUGUUCAAUGACAGUGCUGUCAUUGUGUCCAGCUCCCCUGAUUUCCGUGGUACUCGAAGUCAUAAUCCACCCGCCACCCAUGGCUUGAUGCUAUCAGACGAACCCCAGACGCCCAUUCGCGCCACCCAAACGCAGUCUUCAGUCAAUACAGAGGCAUCUGACAUUCACUCCCUAGCCCUUGACUUGGAAGCUGCCAGGCAAGAAAAGAACAACUUGUUCAAUGCAUGUCGAUCACGGAUCUCAGGGUUCAAUGACCCAACGAUCAGUAGCCUUUUCCGCCAGUCAUCUCCACCAUCGGACUUUUUCGAAAACAUCAUGGAGAUAUUAGAAAAUGCUCUAUCUCGUGCUUCCAAUGCUGCCGAAGCUCUUGAGAGUGUCACCCAAGAAUGCUCCAGCUUAGGAUUCUCCGGGGACGGCGUGGACGAUGUCAUAUCCGACAUGCGGAGCCACUUCCGCUCAGCUCGUCUUGAGCUUGAGCGUGCGCUACCUGGUGAGACUGCCAAUGUCAGCCUUGAGGACGGCAAGGCAACCCUGGGUGCGCUGGUGAGGCGUGUUGAGUCGCUGGCAAAGGAUCUGGGGACGGAGCGCCACUAUCACCAUGGCUCCCUCAGCCGGGAAAAGGCUCUCCGAGGGCAAUUUGACGCUUUACUACACCGAUAUGAGACAGCUGCAAGUAAAAUUAACACUCUCGAGGAUGCAAUCGCAUCUUCCGCAAGCGAUAUGCUCCACACGCGGAUGCGAAUGCAAGACCUCGAACGCGAAGGCCAAGAACAGGCUGUUGGGAUUGACAGAUUAAAUACAGCGCUCGACAAGUAUCAUUACGAAGUAAAGGGCCUCGAAAUGCUUAUCGACAAUCUUGAAAAGGAAAACACCGCUACAAAGGAGGAUUACGCCCGGCAAAUAUCCAAGCUGAAGAAACAAGUGGCCCAUGAACGCUCCAAACGCUGUUCGGCUGAGGCUAUUGCAUCUGAGUCUGGGUCUCGCAUUCGAGAAAUGGAGGAAACAGUCGAGCACAAUCGAAUUCGGGCUUGUGACUUGAUGGCCCAGGUGGAACUUUUCGAAAAGGAAUAUCAAAAAGCCAUCGAGAGCCUUGAGCAAAGCACCAGUGAGCUUCAAACGCAUGAAGCAGAGACUGGGGCUCUCAAUGUUCGCAUCUCAGACCUCACCACGUCGCUGCAUGGCGUCAAAUGUGAAAUGCAGCGUCUUCAGAAUGUCAACACCGGCCUUGAAGAACAGCUUCAGCUAGAAAUCGAAGCACGCGAUGAGCUCCUGGACAAGUGGGCUGCAGAUCAAGUGCGAUCGUUCGCUUACAUGAAGGAGACUAUCAACUCGGAACGUCGCAGAGGCAAAGUUCGUGCGGCGAAUUGGGAAUUGAAAUCGGACGAUCUCAUGUCAGAUGGCACUACCAUAGGCGGUGGGAGUGAGCCAAUUACACCUGUUAGCGCCCGAUUUGUUGAUAUCGAAGUCGGCCGUGGCAAGGACCGACGACGUAUGGAUGUCGGAAUUUUAGGCGAGGAACUGGAGAAUGACUUGGAUGUCGGGAGCGGUAUCGGGUCCGAUAUUCGUCCUCCCGCAUCGGAUUUGGCUUAG